AUGACUCAAACCUUUGCUCAGCCUGCGCACGCCUCGUGGGAAGACAUGGGCAGGUUUUUUUAUCCGAUGAUUUGGUGGUUCAAUACUACUGAUGAUGAGCAAGCUUUACGGGACGCGACGCCAUGGCCCAUGGCCCACGGCUUCUCGGAUGGAAUGACAGUGGGAAAUGCCAGCUGUCGUCGUAAAUCCUCUGGCUCUCGUGAUUACGGGGGUUCGGACAAAGUACGGAGUAAAGAUGCAAGUUGUGAGGAUGGCGAGGGCUGGUAUCUGAGUCAUGUCAAGCGCCCUGCACAGCAUCUGAUUCUGCUCCUGAACACCAUUCGAUUGGGUGCAGGCUGCCCAUUUGGAAGGUGCAGCCUGGUUGGUUCCACAGACAGUUGUCAUCAAUCUGCGUCCGACCGGAAGCGCCUUGGCUUUUGGACCUCCACGUCCAUCUCCACGGGCACUUUCCACCUGUGA